AUGCGGCCGGCGGUGGCCGGGCUGCAGCGGCUGACGGCUGCGGGGCCCGCGCGCGUGAGCAAUGGCCGGGCCAGAGCAGCUGCGCUGAACACUGUGACGGGCUACCUGAAAUCCAUUGAGCCCUUAAAUGGCACCAACUACCCCAGCUGGUAUAAAGAUGUUCAGGUGGCCAUUGCUGUGUGCGAGUAUGAUCUCGCCUUACGUCAAGACAAGCCAGCAGAGCCCGCUGAUCCCAAUGGUGAUCGUACUGCCAUUGAGAAGUGGGAGAGAUCAGACAGGAUGGCCAACAUGAUCAUUAAGAACACGAUCACUCCGGCCAUCUGUGGUGCUAUUCCUGAUAAGGACAAGGAUGGUAAUGAUCUGAGCGCCAAGGCAUACCUUGCCAAGGUGGAGGAGAACUUUAAGAGUUCUUCCAAGACUUAUGCUAGCACCCUGAUCAUGAAGAUGCUGACUUCACAGUAUGAUGGGCAAAGUGGAAUCAGGGAGCACAUUAUGAGCAUGUGUGACAUGGCAAAUAAGCUGAAGACACUGGAUAUGGCUAUCUCUGAUGGUUUUCUGGUGCACUUCAUCAUGACUUCUCUGCCAGUACAGUACAGUCCCUUCAAAAUAAGCUACAACACUCAGAAGGCGACUUGGAGCAUGGCUGAGCUCAUUAGCUACUGUGUUGAGGAAGAAGAAAGGUAG